AUGUUUUCCUUCGCUCUUACAGCCGCUCUCCUUUUGGCUGAGCUGGCCAGCUGCCACCGACUCCGUGGCCUUCACAGCCGCGCGCAUGCUCUCCCUCACGGCCCUUCGACGCACGCAGACCUCGCCAAGCGGAGCUCGGAGGACCUCUUUGUGCGAAUCUCUCACGACCGGCCCAUCUUGGUCCCCACCCGCGACGACCACCCGCAGAGGCCGGUCGGCAUCAAGGCGGACGACGCUCCGAUCCAGACGAACAAGUUCUACGCCAACUUCUUCGCCGGAAAGCAGGACAACGCCACCUGGACCUACCCCUACUCGGUCUGGUGGUCCAACGACACCGUCAAGCACGGCCACGGCCUCUCCGUCUCCCACACGGACCGCGGCGAGUUCGUCUACGGCGCCGGGGACCCCGCGCAGUCGUUCGAGGAUCCCUUGUUCCAGCAGUCGAUCGCCCUCUCUGCGCGGGAGCUCCAGAACGGCACCGUCCUGACGACGGACUCGUUGACGGCGUUCGCCGUCAACGUCAACCUCGCUCCUCGGAAGGGCGCGAGGCCGGUCGUCACGUUCCCCCUCGUCCAGGGUAUGGCUUUCGUGACGGGCGUGUACAGCGACGCGACCGUCCUCAUCCAGUCUCAGAAGCACUUCUCCAACAUCACCGACCUUCGGCUGGGCUCCUACGGACUCGGCGCUGCCGUGUACGGCUGGAGUGCGCGGCUGAGUGAUGGGUCGACCUGGCUGAUUUACCUCAACCCGAGCGAGUACUCCCAGAGACCGACUCUCAGAAUGACGGACAAAGGCACGCUUCUGGGGCCUCGCGGGUUCACCGGGACCGUUCAGGUUGCCAAGAACCCCAGUGGGCCGUCCGGCGUCGAGGUCUUCAACAAGGCGGCCGGGGCCUAUCCUGCGGGUGCCACCAUCUCCGGAUCCGUCUCGGGCAAGACGGGGACCUACACGCUGGCAUGGACGAAGAAGGGCGUCACGCAGAACCCGCUGCUCAUGUUUGCCCUGCCUCACCACGUCAAGUCUUUUGACAGGACGACUGCCCAGGGCCUCACGAGCGUCACCCUGGCCGCCACCACCAAAGGCAUCGCAACCGCCACGUUCGCCGAUGCUUUCACCAUGGUCGAGGACAACCUCCCGACGGAUAUCAGCUUCGAUCCGUGGUCGCCUCGCCUGGGCUCCGUGGGCUCCAAGGGCGCACCGGGCGGCACGAUCUCAGACGAGGCCAAGGCGGCCGUUGUCGAAGCGGCCAGGAUCGAGCUGGCUCGCGACGUUGUCGCGCUCACCAACCUGACCUCGAAAUACUUCAGCGGAAUCGCCUUCUCCGUGUACGCGAGGGCUCUCUACGCCGUCCACGAAAUAGCCGGGGACACCUCGCUCACGGACGAGGCGCUGCGUAAGCUCAAGUCGGCCUUCGACCGAUACGUCAACAACCAGGAGCAGAACCCCCUCCUCUACGACGAGGUGUGGAAGGGCAUCGUCUCGUCUGGCUCGUACGGCAACAAUGACUCGAGCAACGACUUUGGCAACACGUACUACAACGACCACCACUUCCACUACAGCUACUACGUCUACACGGCCGCCGUCAUCGCCCACUUCGACCCUGCCUGGCUGACCAAGAACGACGGCCUCAACAAGCUCUGGGUCGACAACCUGGUCCGCGACUGGGCCAACCCGUCCACCGAGGACCCCUUCUUCCCCUUCUCCCGCGCCUUCGACUGGUUCCACGGCCACAGCUGGGCCCGCGGCGUGCUCGAGGCGCCCGACGGCAAGGACCAGGAGUCCUCCUCCGAGGACGCCUUCUCGACCUACGCCAUCAAGAUGUGGGCGCGCGUCACGGGCGACGCCCGCACCGAGGCCCGCUCCAACCUCCAGCUCGCCAUCACCGCCCGCAGCCUGCAGUCCUACUACCUCCUCGCCGCCGACAACGACGUCCAGCCGCCCAGGUUCGUCGACAACCGCGUCGCGGGCAUCCUCUGGGACCGCAAGGUCAACCACACCACGUACUUCGGCGACGUGACCGCCUACAUCCAGGGCAUCCACAUGCUGCCCAUCGUCCCCACCAGCGCCUACGUCCGCACCCCGGCCUUCGUCCGCCAGGAGUGGGACCAGUACUUCGCAGGCAACAAGAGCGGCCACCUCACGGCCGCGGGGUACGCCGGGCACGUCUACGUCAACCUCGCCAUCGCGGACCGGCCGGGCGCGGUUGAGAGCUACGAGUUCAUGAAGGGUCUGACGCCGAGCAGCCCGUACCUCGACGGCGUGAGCCUGGCCUGGAACCUCGCCUACACGGCGGCCUUGGGCGGGAGCCUGAACUCCAAUUCGACUAUGAAUUCGACCAUCUAUAGGCGAGUCUGA